GCCGGUGACGUCAGCGGCCGCCGGCCCAGGGAAGACGCCAAGAUGGCGGCGAGCAGCUCUUCCGGCUUCGCACAGGGCGCCGGCCCGCAGUCCAGCACCCAGCCGCCCCCAGCCUUUCCUCUCCCGGCCUCCGGGGCCAGUUACUCCGUGCAGCCGGCUCCAGGGAUGGACCCCUCUGUGAACCUGGCCUUCGCCCCGGCAGCCCAGCCGCCCAGCCCUGGAGCCCCCGCAGGGUAUGGCUGCUACCAGCCCCACUCUGGCCAGGACCUUGGUUACAACAACCAGCCCCAGGAGCCCGUCCCCGGGCCCACCUCUGCACCCACCUAUCAGGACACUUACAGCUAUGGACAGUCGACGGCCACCAGGAGCUACGAGGACAGACAGCACUACGAGGCUGCUGCCCAUCAGCCUGGGCCUGAGGCUUCGGACUCGCUCUGCCAGCCAGGACCGAGCCACCCGAGCUACGGGGCGUGUGUGUACUCAGCAGCCAGCGCUUACUACCCUCCGCCGCCCCCCCAGACACAACCCUCGCCCCCCUCGGGGCCUUCUCAGCAGCUGCAGCCACUGCCACCCCGGCAGCCUUCCCCGCCGCCGUCUGCACCGGUGGGCUCAGUCCCAUGGGGUGGCCCAGGAAGCAGCCCUAGAGACAGCUCCGCUGGCAGCUUCCCUGAGAAGUUUCCCAGCAGGCCACCGAGGCCCAAGGUGGGCCCCAGGCAGCCCCAGCUCCACUACUGCGACACCUGCAGGAUCAGCUGUGCGGGACCCCAGACCUACCGGGAUCAUCUGGAAGGACAGAAGCACAGGAAGAAGGAGGCGGCCCAGAGGACGGGCCUGCAGCCCAACGGCAGCCCAUGUGGGGCGCAGGCACAGCUGCACUGUGGCCUGUGUGCUGUGUCCUGCACCGGGGCUGAGGCCUACGCCGCCCACAUCCGGGGAGCCAAGCACCAGAAGGUCUUCAAGUUGCACACCAAACUGGGGAAGCCUAUCCCCACCAUUGAGCCAACGCCCAGGAGCCCUGCCCGCAGCAGCAGACCCGGCCCCCACACCUCUGACAGCGCCCCCGAGGCCUCCACCCGGCCUUCGGCCUCCGCCACGACCAGCCUCCACACUCCAGGCAGGCCAGCCCUGGCCAAGAGGACCGUGGCCUCCAGUGCCCCGCAGGAGGGGCCUCCCAGGACACAGGCAACACGAAGCAGGCCCCCGGAGGGGAAAUCAGCUCGGCACAAGUCGGAGGGGCCAGGAGAGCCACCCUCCCGAGGAGGCCCAGGGGAAGCUCCUGGGGGCUGCUCAGAUUCGGAGCCCGUUGGCCCCGACUACGUGGAGGAGGUGUGCAACGACGAGGGGAAAGUGAUCCGGUUCCACUGCAAGCUGUGUGAGUGCAGCUUCAACGACCCCAACGCCAGGGACAUGCACGUGAAGGGGCGGCGGCACCGGCUGCAGUACAGGAAGAAAGUGGACCCCGACCUCCCCAUAGCCGCCAGGCCCAGCAGCAGGGUGCGGAAGCUGCUGGAGGAGCAGAUGAGGAAGGAGCGGCAGCGGGCCCAGCGGCGGCUGGAGGAGAUGCGGAACUGGUGCUCGGAGCUGAGGCACCAUGAGGCGCGCUGCAGGCAGCCAGAGGAGGAGCCACGGCCCCAGGACAAGGAGCAGCAACCCGCCUCGCCCGACUGGGCCCCUUCGCCCGCGCUGGGCAGGCUGGGUGUGCCCGCAGUCCCGCUCCCGCCCAGGCGGCGGCCAGAGUCCAGCGAUGACCGGCACGUCAUGUGCAGGCACGCCACCAUCUACCCCACCGAAGCAGAGCUGCUGGCCAUCCAGAAGGCCGUGUCGCACGCAGAGCGGGCCCUCAAGCUGGUGUCCGACGUGCUGGCCGAGGAGGACUGGGGAAGCCUGGAGGAGGAGGGCGGCCAGCGCAGCAGCGCUGUGCCCUCGCCUCGGGUCCUGAAAGGUGUCAUGCGGGUGGGCAUCCUGGCCAAAGGCCUUGUCCUGCGGGGAGACAGGAACGUGCAGCUGACCCUGCUCUGCUCCGAGAAGCCCACACACGCCCUGCUGCGGAGGGUCACCGAGCAGCUGCCCCAGCAGCUCCUGAUACUGACGGACGACAAGUACGAGGUCUCCUCUGACCCCGAAGCCAACAUCAUCAUCUCCUCCUGCGAGGAGCCCAGGAUGCAGGUCACCGUGACCCUCACUUCUCCCCUGAUGCGAGAGGACCCCUCUGGGGACCGAGAAGGAGCGGAGAAGCCUCAGCCCGACCCAGGAGAUGUCCUGAGCCCCGAGAGGUGCCUGGAGUCCCUGGCAGCCCUCCGUCACGCCAAGUGGUUCCAGGCGCGAGCCAGCAGCCUGCAGCCGUGUGUGAUUGUCAUCAGGGUCCUACAGGACCUCCGUCGGCGUGUGCCCAGCUGGGGGGCCCUGCCAGCCUGGGCCCUGGAGCUGCUGGUGGAAAAGGCUCUGAGCAGUGCGUCCAGGUCUCUGGGCCCUGGGGACGCCGUGCGGCGGGUCCUGGAGUGUGUGGCAGCUGGUGCGCUACUAACAGAUGGGCCUGGGCUCCAGGAUCCCUGUGAGAAAGAGCAGAGGGACGUCCUUGGGUCCAUGAGCCUCCAGGAGCGGGAGGACGUGACAGCCAGUGCCCAGGUGAGCUCUCGCCUUUUGGGGGCCUGGCACCCCCCACCCAUCACAGUCAGGAUGCCGACCAGGCGCUGGGCCCCGGGCACUCAGUGCAUCACCAAGUGCGAACACACGCGCCCCAAGCCGGGGGAGCUGGCCUUCCGCAAGGGCGACGUGGUCACCAUCCUGGAGGCCUGCGAGAACAAGAGCUGGUACCGCGCCAAGCACCACGCCAGCGGCCAGGAGGGGCUGCUGGCGGCCGGCGCGCUGCGGGAGCGCGAGGCCCUCUCGGCGGACCCCAAGCUCAGCCUCAUGCCGUGGUUCCACGGGAAGAUCUCGGGCCAGGAGGCGGUGCAGCAGCUGCAGCCCCCCGAGGACGGGCUGUUCCUGGUGCGUGAGUCGGCGCGGCACCCCGGCGACUACGUGCUGUGCGUCAGCUUCGGCCGCGACGUCAUCCACUACCGCGUGCUGCACCGCGACGGUCACCUCACCAUCGAUGAGGCCGUCUGCUUCUGCAAUCUCAUGGACAUGGUGGAGCACUACAGCAAGGACAAGGGUGCCAUCUGCACGAAGUUGGUGAGGCCCAAGAGGAAGCAGGGCACCCGGUCCGCGGAGGAGGAGCUGGCCAAGGCCGGCUGGCUCCUGGACCUGCAGCACCUGACGCUGGGGGCGCAGAUCGGAGAGGGAGAGUUUGGAGCUGUCCUGCAGGGCGAGUACCUGGGGCAGAAGGUGGCCGUGAAGAACAUCAAGUGCGACGUGACAGCCCAGGCCUUCCUGGACGAGACCGCGGUCAUGACGAAGCUGCAGCACAAGAACCUGGUGCGGCUCCUGGGCGUGAUCCUGCACCAGGGGCUCUACAUCGUCAUGGAGCACGUGAGCAAGGGCAACCUGGUGAACUUCCUCCGCACCCGCGGCCGGGCCCUGGUGAACAACGCCCAGCUCCUGCAGUUCUCUCUGCAUGUGGCAGAGGGCAUGGAGUACCUGGAGAGCAAGAAGCUGGUGCACCGAGACCUGGCCGCCCGCAACAUCCUCGUCUCCGAGGACCUGGUGGCCAAGGUCAGUGACUUCGGCCUGGCCAAAGCUGAGCGGAAGGGGCUGGACUCAAGCCGGCUGCCUGUCAAGUGGACAGCGCCCGAGGCUCUCAAACAUGGGAAGUUCUCCAGCAAGUCGGACGUCUGGAGUUUUGGGGUGCUGCUGUGGGAGGUCUUCUCAUACGGACGGGCUCCAUACCCCAAGAUGUCGCUGAAGGAGGUGUCCGAGGCCGUGGAGAAGGGCUACCGCAUGGAGCCCCCCGAGGGCUGCCCUGGGCCCGUGCACGCCCUCAUGGGCAGCUGCUGGGAGGCAGAGCCCUCCCGCCGGCCACCCUUCCGCAAGGUGGCAGAGAAGCUGACCCGGGAGCUUCGCAGUCUGGGCACCUCGGCCACCGUGGGGGCACAGGACGCCGACGUGUCCACUCCGCCCCGAAGCCAGGAGCCGUGACCCCACCCGGCAGGGCCAAGGGCCCCAGAGGACCAAGAGAGCAGCAGGGAGCACGGGGCGGGGACCGGCCAGGCCCAGGGAAGGCCAGGCCACCAGUGGCCCUCCUGGCCCCAGGGUAGGGCCAGCAUGGGCCGGGCAGCGUGGACACUUGGACCUGGGAGCAGAGGACCACGGCCUCUAUAAAGACCAGCUCCAAGGCC